AGAGCAUCAAACAUCAUUCUGAACUCCAAAAAAGCUCACAGCAUCUACACAUACUAUACUCGCCCCCAACACUUCCCAUCAUGUCUCUGCAGUCGACUGAUAUCGCCGUGGUCUCCGCUGGGUCGGACGCCAUGUACGCCUACUUCCAAGGCAACGACACCAAGAUCUACGAGGUCAAGUCCUCGGACGGCAAGGAGUGGACCAAGAGCUCUACCGUCGUCACCGACGCGGCCAACCCCAACGGCUCCGCCAUCACGGCCUACCACGUCCAGCACGAUGGAAUGUUCGACAAGAAGUCGACGAUCCAUGUCUUCUUCUUGGACGGCAACGGCCACAUGAAGGAGAUGGUCAAGCAGCUGUCCAAGGGCGACGACUGGACAUCCGGCCAGCUGCCGGACGAGAUCUCCAAGGCCCCUAUCCAGACCUCGCGUCUGUCCAGUGGCGUGUGCCACGACGGAUCCUCUGGCGCCCACCAGUGGGCCUUCUUCACCAUGUCAACCGGCCAUCCCGAGGUGGCUGAGAUCCGCAACGGAUCCGAAAGCUCCUGGAAGUGGGUUUACCGCAAGAUCCUCCCCCAGAACCCUGCCGACGCCCUGCCGGGGACGUCCGUCGCCACCAACCUCAGCAACCCUACCACCCACCUGUUCUUCCAGGAUCACACGGGAGACAUCAACUACUACCUUGGCGGAUACGAGAGCUGGGACGACAAGAAGAUCCUGGUGACCCACGACAAAGUGCAAAUCUCUACCCCUCUUGCCGCGUGCGACUCGGACAAGCAGGACUACCCUCACAUCUUCUACGUCGACAACGGCCCCAAGUACGCCAUCCAGGACAUUGCCAAAAAGCUCAGCCCUACCAAGGUGGCCGACUUUGUGCCGGGCACGCGGUUCGGAGCAUGCAGGUUCAAGGACACCGUGUAUCUUCUGCACAAGUCCCUGUCCCACCCGACGGCCAUCUCGACCAUGGUGUUUGAUGGCUCGUCCUGGGCUGAGGGCGUCAAGGUUGUCGGCUAA